CACACCUCGCUGUUUCCCUGCCGGUCUCUCCGAAGACGAAGGCGCUAACCAUGACGACCUCCACGAUCCCCUCGCUGACCUCCUCGGACCCCGAUUAUCUCCUGCAGUCUGCAACGCUCGGCGAUGUCGCCUCGCUUGCGGGUGACAUGGACAUCUUUUGGUUGUUGUUUGGCGCCAUCCUCGUCUUCUUCAUGCAGACUGGAUUCGCCAUGCUGGAGGUCGGUUCCGUGUCCAUCAAGAACACCAAGAACAUCUUGAUCAAGAACAUCGGCGACGCCUCCCUCGGCGCCAUCUGCUGGUGGCUGUUCGGCUACGGUGUCGCCCUGGGAGAUACUAAGGGUCGUUUCAUCGGAAGCAACGCCUUCGCCCUCAAGGGCAGCCACUUCGAGGCGGACGACGGCACCCUCACCAACGGCUACAGUUACGCCAUGUGGCUGUUCCAGUGGGCCUUCGCCGCCACCGCCGCCACCAUCGUGUCGGGGGCUGUGGCCGAGCGCGUGUCCUUCAACGCGUACAUCAUCUACUCCGUCAUCCUGACGUCGUUCAUCUACCCCGUCGUCGUGCACUGGGGCUGGGGCGGCGGGUGGGCCUCGGCCUGGGUGGACGAGGACCUCCUGUUCGACUGCGGUGUCAUCGACUUCGCCGGUUCUGGCGUCGUCCACAUGACCGGCGGCCUGGCAGCGCUCGCAGCGGCCAUCGUCGUGGGACCCCGCACCGGCCGCUUCAACGAGGACGGCACCGCCAACACCCUCCCCCAGCAGUCCGCGGUGCUCCAGACACUCGGCACGCUCAUCCUCUGGUUCGGAUGGUACGGGUUCAACGGCGUGUCCACUCUCGCCAUCAACGGCCUUGCUGGGGUUGCCGCGAAGACCAUGGUGACCACCACCAUCUCGGCUGCCUUCGGCGCCGUCACCACCGUCCUCCUGGGCAAGCUUAACCUCGGGUACUGGGACGCAGGGGCCGCCAACAACGGUCUCCUCGCUGGUCUCGUGGGCGUCACCGCGGGCUGCUCCACCUGCGAGCCCGAGGGCGCGAUGGUGAUCGGCAUCAUUUCCGGCUUCGUGUACACGUACUCCUCCAAGAUGCUUGUGAUGCUCAAGAUCGAUGACGUCGUGGACGCCAUCCCCGUCCACUGCUUCUGCGGAGCGUGGGGUGUAUUCGCCGCGUCGCUCUUCGCGACCAAGGACAACUAUAGCGCGGCUUACUAUGGCGACCGCGUGGACAAGUGCGCGGGUGCCUUCUACGGCGGCGAUGGAAAUGCCGUCGCUGCCAACGUGGUAUUCAUUCUGGCCGUCAUCGCAUGGGUGUCGGCUACGUGCAUGGCCCUGUUCUUGGGGAUCAACGCUGUCGUCGGAAUGCGUGUGGACAAGGAGAUGGAGCAAAUCGGCAUGGACGACUCCAAGCACGGGGGCCAGACCUACCCGGAAAUGGUGAAGGGGGCCACCGUGGCGUAAUUUUUUUUUUCUCCUUUGGUCUCGCCAACGUCAGACGGCGGCCACCUAGCGAUCGACGAACGGCCCGGCCUUGGUUCCCGUUUUGUUGUAACUCCGAUCCCAAGAGGCCGUCAGUGACGAGCCAGCCGGCUUCGCACGCACUUGACUGCGCGGCCGAACGCCGGGCUUGUUGUAGAAGAAUUAAUCAUAUGUAGCUAGCGGACGUCUGAUGGUGUACGCUCGGGCCCUUCCUGAGCCCUUCUGGCGUGUUUUUUUUUUUCAGACACAACUUCGUGUUUUCGCUUUCGGUGCCUUUUUUUUUGCUUUUCAUCUCGUCAGUUGUGGGUUGGUCCGGUGGUGGAGACGGGGUGGCUUUUUUCACCAGCGGUUAAGUAACGCUUUGGUGUUGGGUCAAUUCGUUCACCCGGAGGUUGCUGGGGUGACUUUCUUGCCUUUCGUCUUGAGGAGGAGGGAAAUGGGGCGGCGUGUUGUGCCCGUAACGGUAGCAUGACAUCCUGGACUAGUCCAUGAGUCCAUGCUCUCUCGCCUAAAUAGGUUUUGAGAUGCCCUCGAUUUCCUCCGAUCAUCGCGUACUAGCGCUCCUUUUGCGAGCGGUUGAAUUGAGUGGAAAACGCCCGGGCAUUGCGAGGGUACACCACCCGCCGCCAAGCAUGUAUUUUUUCAUCAGAUGUUUCGUGCCUGGGUAUAUUAGAAACCAGUUUCAUACGAUUGAUGGCGUACGUACGGGGUACUUUCUAAACACCAGUAUGACCGCCGCACACGAAUUGCGUAGGCCCUCGAGGCGAAGACACACUUGUAAGGACUUGGUUUCCGGAAGAAAACUCCGCUGCGGUGUUUCUAUCGUGGUGCCCUUGCCCUUGAAAGUCGGUUGCGUCUGCUUGCUUCUUUCAACGGAAAGACUGCUGUUAUUUGAUGCAUAUCAGCAGGUUGCCUUUGCUUGCUUCUUUCAACGGAAAGACAGCUGUUAUUUGAUGCAUAUCAGCAGGUUGCCUUUGCUUGCUUCUUUCAACGGAAAGACUGCUGUUAUUUGAUGCAUAUCAGCGUGAGCCCGUUGCCAAAGGUACGAGUGAUUGAUUGCCGUCUGGGAUUUCCAGGAGACGAGGGGACGCGUGCUGUUGAAGAGGUGUUGCGGGGUUCUUUUUCAUUUUGUUGUACCAAUAGGAAGCGGAGGCUCGAACUUAUGUGUAGGCUGCACUACCAACGUUUCACGUGCGUUUGAACCCUCGUGCGUGGCGCAUGAAAGGGCACAAUAAUAUAACAAAAACGAUACGCGUUCUUCGUAUCUGCGA